GUUGUCUGUUGUCGCAGAUAACUCUUCCACCGCGUAUUUAAGUCAUGUUCACUAGACAUGUGACAUUAUGCGUCGCAAGUUGUUCCACGCGCCUCGUGCAUGGCUCGCUUGUUGCUCCUCGUGGUGGUGGUGACUGUGUGGCUGUCCUCGACGGCAGUAGAUUCCUCUGUUUACUUCGACUACGAAGAUGUGUCGGCGAGGGUUAACGAGCCAGUGGAGCUCACCUGUGGCGUGGAGGGUCACUUCCGAUACUGUGCCUGGGAGACAGAGCGCGGCGAUGGCUUUCAGGUGGAGGACGUGCACGCGGGUGUACAUCCGGGCAUGAGGGCGCCAUCCAACCUCACUCGCAACCAAUGUGGCAUCGUCGUGGACGCCUUGACUGAAAGGAGCCUUGGGAAGUGGACCUGUCGGGUGUACUUGGACGGUGCGACCUUGAAGCUCGAGAAGACUGUUGGCAAGGCGCUGGCUUGCCCAGAUCCCUUCAUCCAGGUGGGCACCGAGUGUUACUACUUCCACCGUGAACAGAAAAUGAACUGGGACAGUGCGCGUGGAUUCUGUCAGGGUUUAUACGAAAACACGGACCUGGCGGUGCUCGACGACUGUCACCAGUUCCAGCUGGUGUGGAACAAGAUCGUCGUCGACUAUGGGAAGACCUGGUACUGGAUCGGCGGUAGUGACCGGCACGAGGAGGGCUCAUGGCACUGGGUGACCGGCGAGCCGGUGGCCAUGGGGACGCCAUUCUGGCUUCCCGGAACACCUGAUAAUAACGGCGGAUGCCUGGACGUUUCAAAUUCCUACGGCUACUUUAACGACGUCGACUGUUCGUUAGAAACAUACUUCAUCUGUCAAAUACUACAUUAAGCUGUCAAGUGUGAGGCCACAGAAAUGUAAGGCGAGACAAUGUUCACAAGUCUAACAACACAGGAAGAAGUAAAUGUGGCGCUGCCUUCUCACCUGUCCAAGAAGGAAUCCUGCUAUACUGUAAACUGUGUGUUGGCCACCUUUAAUCAUCCAUAUGAUAAUAAAUAUUAAAAUGGU